GCCAUUUCUUCCAUAUGUAUAAGUUCUUUAGAUUCAAGAUAAAAGAUACAUCACAGAUUAGUAGCGAUGAAGUUUCUGGGUUCCUCGAUAAAGCCUACUCUUACACUCUCAGUUCCUGAAACAGCUGGAUUUUGUUGUCCUAAUUCGGGACUAGAUGUUUCAAAAUGCAACCCAUGGAAGAAGAAGGUUCAGAAACAACUAGCAAAGCCUAUUAUCUAUCAAAGGAAGCGAAUUCCGACAAGCCAAUAUGUCGAUCCUAAUAGUAAAAAAGGAAGAUUCCUUGUAGCUGCUUUUUCUCCUAAAGAAAGUGGUAACUAUUUGGUGAAUGCGGCCUCCGAUGACGAGGUUUUGGAAUCCGAAAUGCUACCUUCGAACGAUAGCCCAUUGAAAGAAAAACUUCAAGGGCAAUUUGAUGCCUUCUAUCGAUUUUCACGACCCUUUGCAUUCGUCGGAAUAGUUUGGAGCUUGAUUGCAGUUUCUCUUCUGGCAGUGGAGAAGCUCUCAGAUUUUUCUCCAUCGUUUUUUAUUGGUCUUUUUCAGGUUCUUGCUGCUGUUUUUUUCACGCACACAUACAGUAGUGGUCUAAAUCAGUUGGAAGACAUUGAAAUUGACAAGGUUAAUAAGCCUUACCUUCCACUAGCCUCCGGGGAAUAUUCAAUCAGGACUGGUUUAAUACUUACUCUAUCUUCGGCAUUAAUGGCUUUUGGAUUUGGAUGGAUAGUGGCUUCCCCAUGCCUGAAUUUCUUAAUUCUCAUUUUCUUCGUUUCUUCGACUGCGUAUUCGCUCAACGUACCCUAUUUGAGAUGGAAGAGAAAUGCCUAUCUUGCUGCACUUUGUAUUUUCAUUGGGAUGGUACCUUCAGGAUUAGCAGCUUAUUUUCACAUCCAGACUUUUGCAUUUGGUCGGCCAGCUCACUUCUCAAAGCCUGUAAUUUUUGCCAUGAUAUUCUAUUCCAUCAUUACAGUUGUAAUGGCACUUUUGAAGGACAUUCCUGAUGUCGCUGGAGACAAGAUACAUGGUGUCCGAUCUUUUGCGGUUCAAUUCGGAGCGAAGAAGGUGUUUUCAAUUUGCAUUUAUCUUUUGCAAAUUGUUUUUCUUGCUGGUGUUUCGGUCGGAUUGACAUCUUCCUAUAAUUGGAGCAAAUUCGUAACAGUUGUUGGUCACUUAUUUUUGUCUUUGAAACUUUGGAGCCGUGCCAGAUCCGUUGACGUGGGAAGCAAGGAAGAAACAACAUACUUUUACUUGUUUUUUUGGAAGCUGAUUGUUGGCGAGUGCUUUCUAAUACCUCUCAUAAGAUAGGAUCGAUCAAGAAGUUUCUGGGGCAAGCCAGUUUUCUAUAUUACUAAUCUUGUUCACCAACCGCAAUAGAUUGACCUUUUUCAUUUUGUUGUUUUCACAUUUCUUUCUUUUUAUUGGAUAUUUAAUUUGUAAGUCUGUAAUGUGGUCCCCGCC